AUUUCAUUGAUGCAAGAUCCUUCUUUUCUUCUUUCAUCAUUAAUCUUAUGACAUCUAAUUUGGUUGUUUCGGUUACAUAGUACUAUACACACACAUAUGUCUAUAUAUAUGUUUUAUAAAGUUUGGUUAUAAAAAAUUGCAUUGUAGGGUUAUAUAUUAUGGACAAGCUAAGCCAAUAUGAACGUCUGUUCAACCAAUUUGAUGAGAAUGGAGAUGGCAAGAUAUCGGCGUCGGAGCUCUGGCAAUGUGUGGAGGCCAUGGGCGGGGAGUUGUCGGAGAAGGACGCGGAGGCGGCAGUGGCAUUGAUGGACUCGGACGGCGAUGGGCUGGUGGGGUUUGAUGAUUUUCUGAGGUUUGUGGAGGGAGGGAAAGAGGAAGAGAAAGAGGAUGGCUUGAAGGAGGCUUUUAAGAUGUAUGAGAUGGAUGGGAGUGGUUGCAUCACACCGAGGAGUCUUAAAAGGAUGCUUAGUAGGUUAGGUGAAUCUAGGAGCAUAGAUGAGUGUAAAGUUAUGAUAGCUAGAUUUGAUCUUGAUGGAGAUGGGGUGCUUACUUUCGAUGAAUUUAAGGUCAUGAUGUUGUAAUGUGUGUCUAAUUUGUUUCCCCCCCUAUUCUUUAAUUUACUAGUGAUUGAUUAUUUUUUAUUAAUUAA